CAAAGAAAGUAUACAGUGUGUACUCCGAGUAGAUUCAAAAUGAUUGUCAACCGUAUGUGAUUUUUUGUGGAUAAUUGAGUUUGAUUGUGCAAGAUCUUGGAUUUAACUCCUUCUUGAUUGUCCUGCGAAUUAAACUUGGCUAUGGACGGGAGGUACCCACCAGGAGGAGGCGGGGCCUAUCAGAGGUUUGGAGAAAGAAUGCACAUGCAGCCAGAUAAGGAACUAAAUGAUCUGUUGGACUUUAGCGCGUUCAACGAUCCCUACCACAAGAUGUUCUCCCCUCCCGUGAGUUCCGGAAUGAAGGGCCCCAGCCAGGGAAACAUGGAUAUGUAUAACGCCUACAAACAAGGGGAGGAAGUUGGAGCAGCAUGGUCACAAGGUCAAGGUCAGCCUCCGGGUUACGGGGAGUCGCGGGGAUAUGUAGACAGUCAGUACAACGGUCACCCAGUGGACAACAUGCAUCCUUUUGCCAACAACAACGAUAUCAUCAAUAAGAAUUCUGAUCAUUCAUUCCCGAGGCCCGGAUUUUCCCGGGACAGUUUGACACCCCAGAACAUGAUGGGAGGCGGGGGAAUGCCGAUGUCACCGGGACAACUAUCGCCCCGGAAACAACAGAUGUCGCCCUAUUACCAGGGGUACAAGCCAUCGCCAAUGGAUGAAUCUAUAAGAGGUCGCAGGGGAAGUGGCCAGUCUGUCGGGAACAAGCGACCGAAGGGCUCGGUCUACUCUCCGGGUCCAGAGGAUUAUGGGCAGGACUCUCCAGGCCGGCCUUUCACCUCGCCAAAACCCAUGUAUCCUCCGGACAACUACUUCAUGGAUGGGGGAUCCCAGGGGAACUCCAACCCAUGGUCAAAUGGAGGCUCAACGUCGACAUACCCUUCUUCCAUGUUACCAGGCAACUUCAGUCACACACAGAGCUCAUCUCAUAACAACAUACACCCCCAUGAAAUGGGAUACAACCAUCCUGUUUCACCCAGCCAGGACCACUUGAUGGAUCCUGCCCUGCCCCCUAUGUCAACAUUUAGGGGCCAGCCCCUUCCCCCAGCCAGUGCCACUUACACAAAUUCUUCGUCUUCUGUUGCUCCCGGCAACCAUGGAUCACAGACCGGUGACGCCCUCGGGAAGGCGUUAGCAUCUAUAUACCCGACAGAGCAUACGAGCAGUAGUUACGGCUCCAACCCCUCAACACCUGUGUCUUCACCUUCUCCCAUGACAGGAUCAUCUAGCCAAUGGCAGAGGCCGUCACAACAGUCAUCUACCUCACCACAGUUUGAAGGACCCCUACACUCACUGAAGAGAGGAAACGUCCAAUAUGUUCAUGGUCGUAUGGAAGAGAGACUAGAUGACGCCAUACAUGUGUUACGUAACCAUGCCGAGAUGCCCCCUAUGGGUCCGCCCCACCAAGGGGGUCCGGGAGGUCAUCCUGGGGGCCAAGGUGGUCACCCUGGGGGCCAUAUGCUUCCUCCAACAGGAAAUUCACAUUCCAACGGUAUCAUGGCAAAUAUGGGUGGGCCGUAUUCGGGUAUGAUGGGACCCGGUGCCAGUAAUUCAGACAUGGGCGGUCCACCACCACUAACUGACGCAAGUGGAUCGGUAACCUCCCACGACCACCAAACCAAGCCGGGAGGGGGAGGAGGAAAAAGUAAGGGAGGGGAGGGAAAAGAGAUUAAAAAUGAAAAAGCAGACGAUAACAAGAGCGACACCUCGGGAGAUAGUAAGGGUGGAGGAAGCUCGUCUGCGCCAUCAGAUAAAGUCAAGAUUACACCACCACCAUCAAAACGAUCAAGGAAACAGGAAGAUACUUCCCAUGACGACCCCCUUGAUGACCUUGAUGGUUCCGGAGAUGAGGAUGAAAGUCCGGAGACAAAGGCGGAACGGGAGAGAUUACGGAGACAGGCGAACAACGCAAGAGAAAGCACCAAGGAGAAGAGGCAAGCUAACAAUGACAGAGAAAGAGUCCGAGUGCGUGACAUCAACGAAGCUUUUAAGGAACUCGGAUCAAUGGUGACAAUACAUUGUGGUACAACUCAGCCACUAACGAAACUCAUGGUGCUUCAGCAGGCUGUAAACGUUAUAACUACGCUAGAAACUCAAGUUAGAGAGAGGAACUUAAAUCCCAAAGCAGCAUGUCUGAAGCGGCGGGAGGAGGAAAAAGCCGAUGAUAUACCGGGCCGACCAAUGAACGUAAAUGCGGAGGAUCUACAACAGGGCAAUAUGCCACCAAAGUGCCCACCAGACGGAGGGAAACCAUGGUGGUAACGGAAACCAUAGCAACACAGAAUCUGCAGGAAAGAUAAAAUGAGCCACAAGAAUAAAAUAACCCACAAUAAAAUAAACUGAAACCAUAAUGACCAGCAACUGAGGAGACAACAUCGUGUUGUGGUUCUUGCACGAAUGUAAAGCCUUAACAGCUUUGCACCAGUUGGAUCGGCCCGCUUAAAUGAGGCUACAUACCACAUAGUGUUGAGGUUACUGUACACCAUUUUUUUGGAGUUAAACUGAUAAGUUUAUGAAAGUAAGGUUUGUGAAACCACGAUUUUGAUGACUAAGUGAUCUCGUCUAACAUAAGGCUACAUACCACAAAGUGUUGAGGUUACUAUACACCAAUUUUGGAGUGAUCUCUGCGGUUAUAAGUCAAUAGACAAUAAAACAGGGUUUGGCAAAAGUAAACAGCUUAAAGGGAUUGGAAGAAGUCAAAAAGAAUAGCCAUUUUAGGCUAUCAAACAUAUAAUAAGUUUAAUACCUUUAAGCAAUUUUGUCUUAUGGACUGAAAAUAAGUAGAAUGGCCAAGUGUUCAAACUUGGUAACAGGGUUAAAAGCAGAUAUGGACUGCUAUGCUUGUAAAGGUCAAGGUCAUAGAAGUGAAAUGAGGUCAAAAAGGUUGUGCUGCAAUUUGGUAUUGAAUAGAAGUGACAUGAAAUUAUUCGAUAGGAUGCCAAAUGCGUGGGUUUGUUUUACUUGACAUUUCUUUGCUUGUGAAAGUGGCAGCAACAUCUCACUGAUUGAGAUGUGAUACCGAGUGCUCUCCGCGGGACAAACAUUUAACUUUGCCUUGCAUUAAUGAAAAGAGUUGUAUUGACCUUUAAGUGCUUGCUGGAUGUGUUCAAGGUUUUUCCUUAUGGUUGGAACUUAUGUUUCUGUGUGAGGUAUGAAUUUUGGCAGCGGAAUUUCGAAGUGUAAACUGAAUAUAAUUUCUGUAACAUGUUAGGUAUAUUAGAACAAAUCCUUAGUUAAAGAAACAAAAUGGUUUAUUUUGAUUGCUUACAAAGAUAUAGUUUAUGGUGUUUGUAUAAGUUUUAUUGCACACAUUACACUGAAUUUGGAAAUGAAUUUGUCAAAGCCAAAACAAAGUAUCAGGCAAGAAUUUGUUUUGAAUGUUAAUAAUUUUACACACUGAAUAUUUUUUCAUGCACAUUGCUGUUUGUCUAUUGUUUAAUUUAAUUACAUUAAUCAAUUGAUUUCUAUCUUUAAAGCUGUAGGUAUACAUCACGAGUGCUGAUUUGCUCUUCCGAACAAUAAUUGCUUAAAAAUCUGUGCCAUUAUCAUAAACUUCCAUGAAUUGUGCAUUUGGGUUGGAAAUUUCCAUGAUUUUUGAAUUAAGGUCAGAAAUGAAUAUUGUAUCUUGUUAAGAAAUGUCAAUGAAUUUUGAAUGAAGGUCAGAAAUUUCCAUGAAUUUUGUAUCUUGUUUAGAAAUGUCAAUGAAUUUUGAAUCUAGGUCGGAUAUUUCCAUAAAUUUUGAAACUUGUUAAGAAAUUUCCAUGAAUUUUAUAUCUAAUUCAUAAAUUUCCAUGAAUUUUAUUUAGUAACUGAGAAAGAAAUAAAGAAUUGGUUCAUUGUAAUAUACAUGUAAAGAGGCUACAACAAACUGCUAGUGUCGUUAUUCCCACGGUCAGCCACUUCCUCAUGGGCUUGUUUUGAUUAAGAUCGUGGUCAAUCUUGUCAGAUUUUCGUUAUUUUGCUACAUAUUUGUGUGAAUUGAAAGCAUGCUGAAGUACCAUGAGUUUCGUUAGUGGUUGAGAAUGCCAUUUUCCUUUUUAGUGAAAUAACUAUGUACCAAAUUUUGAUUUUUACUGUUAUAACUAUGUAUUUAUGAUUCAAACAAUUUCAGUGAAAUAUCGUUUGUAGAUCUGAGAAAAAAUAUACAAAAAUUAUUGACGGAAGUGUGAAGUUGUAUACAUGUAUGAACUUUGAUGAACUUACAAGCUCAUUCUAUAAAUAGAAUCAUUCUAUAAAUAGUAUCAUGAUGUCAUUUGUAUAUAUUUAGUAACAUUUAAUAUUUUUUAUGUCUUAUAUAAAAUACAUAUUUUAUUUGCAGAGAUCAAUUGUAUGAUAACAUUUUAAAAUGUUAAACUGUUGUACAUUUAGGGUUAUGAUUGCUAUGAUGCUUUUUUCAAUGUCUGCAUUAUUUUAUAUUAUUUGAUGUGCUAUUAUUUAUAUUUGUUCAUUAAAUUUUUUAUGUAGCAUUGAAGGAUGACAUGUGUGUGUAACUUAUUUGGUAUCAAUUUGUUGAGGUUAAAAGCAUAUUGGAUAAAGAUGAAAAUUUAAAUAAUAAAAAGAAUUGUUAAAAAAAUCCUCAUUUUUUCACUACAAAAUUGUGGAAAAUAUUUAUUGUUUUCGUGCAAAAAACCAAAAUCAUUAUAGCAAUUUGAUAAAAUACUGUUGAAUUUUUUGCUUUUCUGCUUUUCAAAGAAAAAAGAUUGAGCUUUUGUGAUAUAGGCUUGCUAUUUUUAUUGUGAAAAAGAUUAAACCAUGGCCAUAACUCAAAAACCAUUCAAGAUAUUCAAAUGAAACUUUGUACACGAGUUGCCAGGGAUACAACUUACCAUCAAGUUCCAUAACUCUGGUUUCAAUUUAUGUUGAGUAUUUCCCCUUUUUUGACUGAAAAAUUACAGACAGGCAUUGGUGUUCGCUCCGCUGUUCUCUUCUUGAUGUAUAACCAAAUAAACUAGUUUGUUUGCUUGUAUUCCAAAUUAGGAUUAUGGUUUUUAUACGUAUGAACUUAGAAGAAAAUAAUUUAACAUAUUUAUGUGUACAUAAAUUACAAAACUAAAAAUGUGCUUUUUCCCGUGACUUUAAAUACAUUAUACAAACUUGUGCCUUUAAUUUUCAAUACAUUUUUAAAGGUAGAUUAUAUUGUCUUUGAGUGGGAAUGUAUUAAAACUAUUUAAGCAAUUAUCAAGGAAAGACAUGCUAGAUGAAAAUAAAAAUGUUUGGAUGGCGAUCAUAACUCAGUUAUGUCUGUCAGACAGAUAAUCAUUAAAAAAAUCCUCAUGUAUCAAUUGUAAUUAUUUUUUUCUGUAUUUGAAGAUUGGUGAUAUUUUAUGAAUUUAAUGAAAGCAGCUUUACAUUUUUUAGACCUCUCGUGAAUUAUCAUAAUACGUAUGUGCUUUCAUUUAAGCAAGGUAUACGUUUUUGCCAUUGACCCGUUGCCAGUAAUCAAUUGAAAAACUCAGUUGAUCGAAUAAUAGGAUUUUUGAAAUCAAAAUGUUUUUCACUGUUUUUAAAUUUUUGCCUCCUCUCGGAUUCGAAUCAGGGUGCCCAGGGCUGGGACACAAUAACAAGGAUGUGAUUUCUGUAAUGAAUAUAACUUUCGGUGCUCAUUUGGUGAUAUACAUGAUGAUCUUAAACAGAGCAAACAAUUAUCUUCUAUAUAUUUUAGAAAUCAAGAACAGCAAAUACAAGUAGUUGCAUUAUUAAAUGGAUUGUCUCUGUCAAAAGAUCAGGAAAAUAUUCAGUAAUUGCUUUGAAUGUAUGCUCCCAGCUUCUCAAAAAUCGUGUUAAAUGGACAACCUCUGUCCAAAGAUCAAGAAAAGUUUCAUUACUGGCUUUUAUGACUGUUUUCAACUCCUCAAAAAAUGUGUAAUCUCCCUUUAAUAAUGUGAAACUUCCAUGCAUUUUAUGUGUAUUUUAAAACCUAGGUGUUAUUUAAAUCAGUAUUAUCAAGUUUUCAUGCAUUAGCUGAGAUGUAGCUUUACAGUGGGUGGAAUUACAUUUCUUGAAAAAUCUGAAAGUCUGUUUCACUUAAGUAUCGUUUUAUCAGUUUUUCACAAUGAUUGCUUAAAAAAUGUAAUUUAUUAUAUAACUAUUUUUUUUGGUAAGAACACAUUUUCUUGAAAUACUGCAAUUAUUUUUUUAUUAUUUUGUAGAUAUGUUUUUUGAUGAGGUUCAUUUAUAAAACACUUAUAAAUGCCCAUAUGGAAGCACAUUAAUUGCCAUAUGCCACUUACUGAAAAUUAUGUAAUGUCACUAAUGGAAAAUUAUGUCAUGCCAUUAGAUGGAAAAUAAUAACAUGUCACAUUAAGGAAAAUCAUGUAAUGUCACUUAUUCGAAAUUAUGUUUUGCCACCUUUUAAUGUUAUGUCACUGUUUGAACAAUUAUGAAAUGUCACUUAAGAAAAAAUGUAUUGUAACUUAAGACAAAAUGUUUUGUCAUUUUGGGGAAAUUAUGUAAUGUCACUUAUGGAAAACUAUUUUACCACAUUUUGAAAAAUAUGUUAUGUCACUUAUAGGAAAAUCUUGUAAUAUCACUUAAGGAAAAUAAUGUAAUGUCACUUAAGGACAAUAAUGUAAUGUUGCUUAAGGAAAACAAUGUAAUGUCACUUAAAGAAAAUAAUGUAAUGUCACUUAAGGAAAAUAAUGUAAUCUCACUUAAGGAAAAUAUGUUAUGUCACUUAAGGAAAAUAUGUUAUGUCACUUAAGGAAAAAUAUGUAAUUCCUUUUAUUUAAUACUUUUUUGUCACCUUUAGCAAAUUUAUGUAAUGCCACUUACGGAAAAUUGUUCUGCCACUUUUUGGAAAAUUAUGUAAUGUCACUUAUGGAAAACUGUUUUGCCAUGUUUUGGAAAAGUAUGUAAUGUCACUUAAUAAAAUAUUAUGUUAUGUACUGCUAUAUUCAUUUUUGUGGAAUACAAAGCAAUUAUUUUUUGGUCUUUAAACUGUUAAAAAUAUUGUUUAUAAAUCUUGUUCUUCCAAUCUGAUUAUUGUUGUUGUUGUUGCUAUUAUGUUUUGUCAGAAUGAAUGUUUUACAUGUGUAGCAAAAAUGUCAAGUUUUUCAUGUGCUUUAAGAAUAUAUUUCUCUUAAAUUGCAAAGUGUUGAUCUUCAUAAAUGUAUCUCAUUUAUACUAAUUCUAGUAUGUUUUUUAAAAAAUAGGAUAGGAGAUGAUUUUAUUAUGGUUUUAUUUUAGAAACAAAAAUUCUCUGUAUAAAAAGUUAUAAAAAAAAAUGCACUCCAUCAGAAAAUUAGUGUUGCUAUAAAAGAGGUUGCAAAACAUUUCUUGUACAAAUUUGUAUUCUUGUUGACUUAUUUUUGUGCACUACGUCAUCGAGGUAUGUGUACAUUAUGCACAUGUAAAAUGUCACAUAAGAAAGUACAAGGAAAUUGUUUUAUGUCUGAAUCAGCAAGCAUACAAGUACAAGUUUUAAUAAAUGUUUCGAAAAUAAAGUAUGAAAUUUUACUUCCACUUUUACAUGUAUGUGUAGGUACACAUCUACACAUACACAUACAUGUGUUAAGCAACCUCUCGACUGUCUGUUUUUACUCUCAAAGACAGACUUGUUUAUUCAAUGCAAAAAAAUAAUAUUUUGGAGUUUUUAAAUUUGGCAUAAGAAAAUAUAAUAUAAAUGUAUCUUUAAGUUUUCCUAAAAUGUUGAUAAGUCAAUUUCAAAUAUUAAAAAAGUGGUCAUGACAUAUCAGUAUUUAUUUUUAAAGCAAUGAAGUUAUUGUAAAACCAUUUACCAUUGUUUGAUUUUCAUGGUGCAAACUGAACAAGUAGCAUGUAAUUCUACACAUUAACAUAUGUGUAGAUGUGUUUAUGAAUGUAUGUAUGUGUACGUGCGAUUAUUAAUGUGUGUAGAACUUUAUGCCUUCUUUGAAUGAACUUUUAUGCGUAAACAUGACAUUUAUUGGGUGAAAUUGGAAAGUUACUGAGGCAAAAAAAAAAGAUUUUGUUUAUUUUUUGUUUCUUUUAAUUAGCAACAGUUUUGAAACUUUUGGGUCAUUCUGAUUAUUCUCCUUAAAGACAAGAUUAAAAUUCACAUUUGGUUUAUUGAUGGCAAACCUGCAAAUCCUUUAGGCUAAGCAAACAAAAUUUAUGUCUGAAUUUUCUUUAAUCUGGUGGACUUGAUUGAGUAACAGGAAACAAAAAGUGUCUUUUUUGGCCUGAGAUAAUAUAUAUACAAUAUUCAUGCAUAAAGUUUACAUACAAUGUAUUGUAUUCAUACAAUGUGACACCCAAUGUAGGCAUAUGUAAAACAGAACUGUACAUACAUACUGUUUGAAUAUAUGUAUACAUGCAUGUUUAUGUUCUAAAUAAACAUAUAUUGAGCAUUCAACAUAUGUGCUGUAAAGGUAAGCACAAAUGUUUUAAGCAUGCUUUUUAUGGUAUGCAAAUAUGUUGAUAUUUUUUGUCAUUUUAGAUGUCCAUAUGUAGCAUACAAGUUUGUUUACACAUAUAAUAUGUAGUUGUGUACAUAUGUGUGUGUAUUUGUACACGUGUAUAUGUGUAAAUGUGUGUUUGAGUGUAUAUGUAGAACAUUUUGCCUUCAGUAAAUAAAUUCAAAUGUACAAGAACAUGUUUGCCACAAGCUACUUGUGGAAAAAUAAACAAUAAAUUUUAUAUACUU